ACUCAUCCAUCGCAUCGUUUUUGCAAAAUAUUUGAUCUGUGCAGGAAGAAACAUUUCAUGAAUGCAGAAGAGUAUAGUUCGAAAGGAUGUCCGCUUUGAAGUGAGACUUGCCUGCGCUCGUGCCGGAAGGGAUGUCCGAGGCGGAAGACCCCCUAUAGUGUGCCACACGCCAGCACGAUUGGCUGAGUCUCGCACGCUCGCACCUCACCACCCCUUCAAGGUCUGCCGUAAAUUUUUGGGAUCUACAACUGCUCGCCACUUCGUCCAUGAGCUCCCAGAAUCAUCCAGAAUAUACCUGCUUGCAGAAACUGCGACACCUGCUCAGAGGCUCUCUGUCCCAAUGAUUGCACUGCAGAGGAGAGAUGGGUGCUGCUACAGAAACAGUGCAAGCACCUUGACACUCACACUGCAUGCAGAACACUGAGUGGCACAUCCAGUUAAAGCGCUGCCGCUGGGUGCACAGGGGGUGGAGUCAGUGAAAUCAGCAGGCAUGCAGAGCGGUGGGGGUCCGGUAGACCUGCGCACCGACGCCCGGACCCCCUUGCCCACCGCGGACCCCAUGCGACGGGAGCAGCAGCUUCAGAGUGAACUCCUUCUUCUCAAGCAGCAGCAGGAGCUGCAGAAACAGCUGCUCUUCGCAGAGUUCCAGAAGCAGCAUGAGAACCUCACCCGCCAACAUGAGGUGCAGCUGCAGGAACACCUCAAGCAACAGCAGGAGAUCCUGGCAGUGAAGAGGCAGCAGGAGCUGGAGCAGCAGCGGAAGCUGGAGCAGCAGAGACACGAGGAGAUGGAGAAACAGAGGCUGGAGCAGCAACUCAUCAUGCUACGGAACAAGGAAAAGGGCAAAGAGAGUGCCAUAGCCAGCACAGAGGUGAAACUAAAACUACAGGAGUUUCUCCGGAGCAAAUCCAAAGAACCCACAUCAGGCGGACUGAACCAUUCCUUUCCCCAGAAUUGCUGGGGACCCCAUCAUACCUCGCUGGACCAAAGCUCCCCCCCGCAGAGCAGCACCCCCGGGACGCCCCCCUCUUACAAACUGCACUCCCUGCUGGGAUCCUGCGAUGGCAAGGAUGACUUCCCGCUGCGCAAGACAGCUUCUGAGCCCAACCUGAAGGUGCGCUCUAGGUUAAAACAGAAGGUUGCGGAGAGGAGAAGCAGCCCCUUGUUACGGCGGAAGGACGGCACCGUCAUCAGUGCCUUCAAGAAGAGAGCCAUCGAAAUCUCAGUGUCCUCAAUGUGUAACAGUGCCCCUGGCUCCGGGCCCAGCUCUCCCAACAGUUCCAACAGCGCCAUAGCGGAGAAUGGAUCUAGUGGCUCCGUACCUAACAUCCAUGCCGAGCACAUGCGUUCGCACCAACGUAUAAUCAAUGCAGAUGGGUGUGCCAGUCAGCUGAGUCUCUACACAUCCCCUUCUCUACCCAACAUCUCCCUGGGCCUGCCCACCUCAGUCAAUGCUGCCAACUCCCACAUCAACGCGCCCCAGAAACUGUCUGCCCAGCAGGAGGCGGAGCGGCUGGCCAUCCAGUCCAUGCGACAGGGGGGUGCUCUGACCGGGAAGUUUGUCAGCACCACCUCGCUGCCCGCCUGCCUGUCCACAGUGGGGCCCCACGACGCUGACGCAGCUGCCAACUCCACCAAUAGCCACAGCCACUCGUCACUGCUGCAGCACGUACUGCGCCUGGAACAAGCCCGCCAGCAGAGUGCGCUACUCGCAGUUCCCAUCUAUGGCCCGUCCCCGCUGGUGACGGGUGAGAGAGUGUCGACGAGCAUGCGCACGGUGAACAAGCUGCCUCGCCACAGGCCCCUGAGCCGCACCCAGUCCGCACCCCUGCCCCAGAGCCCCCAGGCCCUGCAGCAGCUCGUCAUGCAGCAGCAGCACCAGCAGUUCCUGGAGAAGCAGAAGCAAUACCAGCAGCAGAUCCAGCUCAGCAAGAUGCUGUCGAAGGUGUCCGAGCUUCCCCACCAACCCCCCACUUACCCAGAGGAGACAGAGGAGGAGCUCACAGAGACAGCAGAGAUGCAGGAGGAGCACGGGGGACAGGCAGAAGGGGAGGACCAGGGGGACAGAACCUCCUCAGACUGCCCAAUCACACUGAGAGAUGAGAACACUGAGAGCGAGGUGGAGGAAGAAGAAGAAGAGGAGGAGGAGGAGGAGGUGGAGGAAGAGGAUGAUGAUGCAGAGCCAAUCAAACUGAAGGAGUGCGACGGGCUGAGCCCCCCUUACAAUCAGCUUUUUUUCCUCCUGCAGUUUUUGGACCAGCAGCAGCUGCACAUAUACCAGGCCUCGUUGUCCAUCACAGACGUGCCUCACCAGCCGCUGAGCCGAGCCCAGUCUUCACCAGCCACUGCCAGCCUGAAGGGCACCAUCGCGGGGGAGAAACCAGUCAAGCAUCUUUUCACUACAGGAGUUGUCUAUGACACGUUCAUGCUGAAACACCAGUGCACCUGCGGGAGCACUAACAACCACCCCGAGCAUGCUGGGAGGAUUCAGAGCAUCUGGUCCAGGCUGCAGGAGACGGGGCUGCUCAGCAGGUGUGAGCGCGUCCGAGGGAGGAAAGCAACUAUAGGUGAAAUCCAGACGGUGCAUUCAGAGCACCACGCUCUCUUCUACGGCACCAGCCCCCUGAACAGACAGAAACUCGACACCAAGAAACUUUUAGGUCCAAUUAGCCAGAAGAUGUACGCAGUUCUGCCCUGUGGAGGCAUUGGGGUGGACAGUGACACGGUGUGGAAUGAGAUGCACUCCUCCAGUGCAGUGCGGAUGGCAGUGGGCUGUGUCGUAGAGCUUGCCUUCAAAGUGGCGUCUGGGGAACUCAAGAACGGGUUUGCUGUUGUUCGGCCACCAGGACACCAUGCAGAGGAGUCGACUGCAAUGGGAUUCUGUUUCUUCAACUCUGUGGCCAUCGCUGCCAAGCUACUCCAGCAGAAACUGAGUGUGGGGAAGAUUCUGAUUGUAGACUGGGAUAUUCACCACGGCAAUGGCAGUCAGCAGGCGUUCUAUAACGAUCCCAGCGUGCUGUACAUCUCUCUGCACCGAUACGACGACGGAAACUUCUUCCCAGGCAGCGGGGCUCCCGAGGAGGUAGGGUCUGGCCCAGGAGUCGGAUAUAACGUCAAUAUAGCGUGGACUGGAGGGGUGGAGCCACCAAUGGGAGAUGUGGAGUACCUCACUGCUUUCAGGACGGUGGUGAUGCCCAUUGCAAACGAGUUCUCUCCAGAUGUCGUUUUGGUUUCAGCCGGGUUCGACGCAGUGGAAGGACACCAGUCUCCGCUGGGCGGAUACUCAGUGACAGCAAAGUGUUUCGGUCACCUCACCAAGCAGCUGAUAAAGCUGGCAGGAGGGCGAGUUGUCAUGGCGUUGGAGGGGGGUCACGACCUUACAGCUAUCUGUGAUGCUUCCGAAUCCUGCGUCUCCGCUCUCCUGGGCAGCGAGCUUGACGCUCUUCCACAGUCCCUCCUUCAGCAGAAGCCUUGCCCAAAAGCGGCCGCGUCUCUGGAGAAAGUCAUUGAGAUUCAGAGUAAACACUGGAGCUCUGUGCAGCGCUAUGCCGCCACAGUGUGCCAGUGUCUCUCGGAGGCUCAGAAGAGAGAGAAGGAAGAGGCUGAGGCUGUCACUGCCAUGGCGUCGCUGUCUGUUGACCCGGAGCUGGGAAACACAGAGGCAGAAAGCAGACAAACAGAUGAGCCUAUGGAGCAAGAGCCAGUGUUGUAGCGAGUGCGGAUUUCCCAUUGUGAUUGUAAACCCUCUUUUUUACAUUCUUGUGAGACCCCCUCGCCCCCUCACUCUCCCUCCUUUCCUCCAAGUCUGGCGGUCAUGCACUGCACCACACCUCGCCACACUGACCUGAGAGAAACGCGAGUUCCAGCUUGUGGGAGACAGACAGAAACACAAAAUUAAUUUCUCAAGCCAUUUCAGCCAGUGGUUUGUAUUGUUUUGUUUUCUUUUUUUAAAACCAAGAGAAUUUCUCAAACUCUUUCCACCAAAUCACGUGAAUUGAGCAAAGAGAAAAGAGAGCUUUUUUUUUUUUUUUUCGGUCCUUGGAACAUGCAGAAAAAGGAACAUUGUGUAUAUUAGAAAAGAGAAAAAAUAGCUGGAUUAUCUACCUUGUUAAACCCAGAAGGGUGAAGCACACAUUUUCUUUUCUAUUUUUUUUCAAGGGUGGUGUAAAAAAAAAAAGGCAGUGAUGGGGAAGCUUGCAUAAGAAGCCCUCCCUAUUUAACAGGAACCCAGCUGGAUAUUCAAGCAGGGCACUUCUCUGUUUUUAAAGAGGGUGCUCGUUCUUGGGAGGUGUUGGGAGACCACCCCUCCCUCUUGUGGAAAGUAUGUGUACUUACAGGCACUGACUGAGUAAAACAAAGAUCAUCUUUCCAGCAAUCCGAACCUUUCAUGAGUUUAACAGCAGUCGUCAAGCAAAGCAGAAAAAUGAUUAUUUUUAUUAUUAUUAUUUUAUUUUAUUUAAUUAAUUUUUUGGGGGCGAGGGGGGAUGAAUAGAGUUGCAGAAGGAACUUGGUGCCUUUUUAAAAAAAGAGAAACCCCCCACACUCUCGUUACACCCAUAUUUGUUUAUAUGCUUUCAUUUCCUCCAGUGGCUGGAUCUGUUCAUGAGAGAUGUUUGAUUCUCUCCCCCACCCGGAAAGAUUUUCAAUGUUUUUUGUUUUUUCUUCUCUGUCUCACGCUACCGGAAUUCAGGGAGUAAAUGAGGUAGGGGUUAAGGGUCAAAGGUCGCCUUGGGAGUUUAAGGACCCCACUCCCCAGUAUUUUGCCUCUGUUUGUUUGAUGUUUUUAUUUAUUGUAACAAAAUCAGAUUGUGUAUUUGUGAUAUAAUGACCAAUCAUUUUAAUGUUCUUUGUUCUGUAAAUACUAGAUUGUCUUCUUUGAUCUCCUUUGUCACCAAAAAAAGAUUUAUUUUAUUAUAGUAAGGUUUUUUUUUUUUUUUUGAACACUGUCACUAUUCUUAGCAUAAUAGAUGGUUUAAAUCCAACCAGAUAUAAUUCAUAUAGAAGUAUUAUUUAAUAUUAAGAGCAGAUACAUUUAAUUUUAUUUUUAAAUUGAUGGCUUCAUGCCUUGUUUGCACUAGAUUGCUAUUGGUGGGCUAUGUUAGCAGAAGUGUUUGGCAUGCUACACUGUUGACUCCUCUGCACUGUUCAUGUUAUGGUCUGUGUUUCAAAGUUUCUUCUCUAAAACCUCAAAUAAGUAAAGGUGCAUCUUGACAAUGCUUCCUGGCUGCACCACUGUACAAUUUCUCUCUUGUGUUCCUGUAACUUCGCAUGGGGUGGGGUGGGCGGGGGAAGCAAUUUACAGCUGCACACUACCUGUUUGACAUCCUGCUAGGGUUUGGAGUGUAGGAUUACAUUGAACACAGCCCGGGAAAUGAGUGCCACACUAAAUGCAGCAACAUUUAUUGUAGAGUAAGAGACCCUGUCUGCUAAUCCAGUGUACUGUUCUUGUACAAAGUCAGGCAGUGUGCUUACAGGCUUCCCUGGCAUUGGCAGUAACGUCACAGGUUUAGAGACACAAAUUAAGAAUCUACUCGACAAAAUAAUCAAGCCCGGAAACAGAUAUGCGCCCCCCCCCCCGGCCUUAGAAAAUCACAUCAUAAUAUAACCAGAUUUUUAAGUCUGUCUUUGAGUGGGGGUUAACACAGCUUCUGCUCCACCUGGUAUUCAAAGCGUGCUGUUCAAGAGAAAGUAUUCAGAGAACUCCACUCCAGUUUCCUCCUGCGCCAUCCUUUGCUGGGCCUGUCUUAGCGCUGUGCUGUCACCGUGUUCUGUUUGUUUGUAUAUCUCGGUUGUUUUCCUGUCAUUGUCAGUUUUGAAAAUAUGUUAUUUUUUUCAGUCUCAGCACUAGAAGAAGCAGCUGUUACAGUGCUUCAUUUCCUGUGUUUUCUUGACCUGGGGUAGAUGACAUCCAUGCUAAAUGGACAGACUGACUGUAGAUAGUGUAAAUGUGUGUACAUAUACACCCUGCUAGCUUCACACGUCCGUAGGGAAGCUGCAACAAUGUUGCAGCUAUAACAAACAGUUUCAACUGCAGGAUUUGAAAGUUUGAGCAACUUUUCUAAUUGCUGUGUACUUCCGUGCAAUUUGCAUUAUUCAUUGUUUUUAUCUGUGAUCAGAAAUUGAUAUAUGGGUUUAGUUUAGGAACUUCAGAACCACCCAAUGUAAAAAUAAAUAAAUAAAAGAAUAAUAAAAUUAAAAAAAAAACUUGUCCAGAUGCUGCGCAGUGUUGAAAUGCAUAUUGUCUUCCCAGUAAAUCGACUGUAGCAUGGGUCACAUAGGCUCCUGAGAGUCACAUCCGUCUCUGUCCAGUUAGACAGUGCCCUCUUUCAGUCCAUCUCCCAGCAGCUUUGAAAGCCAGGUAGAGACUGCUACAUUGAAGCAGCAAUGUUUCAGAGUCAAAGGAAAGGACAAAAUCAAUGAAGUGGCACAACAGUUCUUACAUAGUGUCAGUGGUCUGUUUAGACAGCCUAAAAAUACACAUUUUAGUCUCUUGUUACAUGAACGUGCUUUAGAAUUGCAGGGCUCUCUGUUUUAGCUCAGUUUGGUAACUUUUUGGGGAGAAUGUGUCAUUUUUGGAUAGAUUUUUUUUUUGCAGUGAUGCAGAUUGCA